CAAUAAACGUCAAACUAGCAGAAAGACGUUACUGUAGCAGGGACAAGUAAAGGCGACGGCAAAGCGUAAGAGGCAAGAGGGGAUUAAAUAGGCCACACUACAACUAAUGAGGUGCCAGCACAAUACAAUUGCAACGCAUGGAAGGAUCUAAGAUGUUUGGUAUCACUGAUAGAAUUUGGAGGUUGUUUUAAAUAAUAUUUUGAAGAAAUUUGAUAAAGCUUCAAAAUUCCAUUUAUAUACGUAUACGUGUGUAUACGAAUAUUAAUAUAUAUGUAUUGAUAUAACUGUACUGAUAAUAUGACAACGGAAAAAGAUUUGGUAAAUGCGGUAAGAGAAUCUUUAGAAGCUGGUGGAGAGCUUGGUCGUAUAAGAGCUGAAAUGCGAACUGAAGUUUUCAAAUUAUUAGAUAGUUCUAAUAUGGAAAAUAAAACACAAAAUUCCAAACAAUCUUCUGAUAUUGUUAUUUUCAAUGAGCUUGUUCGCGAAUAUUUAAAUUGGAUGGGAUUUAAAUACAGUUCAACUGUAUUUGUUGCAGAAUGCGAUCUUUCAAAACAUCCUUAUGAUCGAACAUUACUGGCACAAGCUUUAGGAAUAAAAGAAACUGAUACAAGCAAAAAGUUGCCCUUGCUUUGUGGCAUAAUAGAUACAUUGAAGCAUAUGAAAAAUACAUAAGAAAUUAUAUAUUAUAUGUAUCAACGAAGUUUGCUUAUUAAGCACAUUUAUUUUUAUAUCGCAUUAUAGAACUUCUAUAUGAAUCAAACAUUAAUAUCUGUCAAUAAUUUAUGAUAUAAAUUAUAAUAAUGUCAUUCAUUUUGUAUGCACUUAACAUUUAGAUUCAAAAUAAUACAUUGAAUACUGCAUUAAUCGAUAUAAAUGAUAUUGAUAAAGGUUGAAAUAUUUAUAUAAUUUUAGUUUUCCUUUGUAUUUAUAAAAACUGCAACAUUAGGCUUACUUCAUAAAUUGUAUUUAUUUACUUCUUAAAUUGUAUUUUGUUGUACUGAUUAAUUUUCUAUUUGUAAUUGUAUUAAUGUAAUAUUCUAAUGAGUACAUAAGCUGUAAAUUUUUUACAUUAGAGUAUACAUGAAAAAUUAGGUUUUAAUGUAUAAAUAAAUUUAAAAAGACAUU